AUGUCCAAGAAUGAUUCUCAAGUUGUGGAUUUAAACGUUGGUGGUCGACAUCUGACAACCUCCCUCUCCACCCUCGCCAAGUACCCGGACUCCAUGUUGGCCGCCAUGUUAAGUGGAAGGCAUCCAGUAGCCAAGGACAAAGAUGGCCGCUACUUCAUCGAUGUGGAUGGAGAUGUGUUUGUUCAUAUCCUCAACUUUCUGAGAUUCGGGAAAAUGCCUCCACCCGAAAGAGCAUCAGAGGCUUUGAGAGACAACUGGAAACGGGGAAUAGCCGGUUACGACGACUGCCUGAAUCAGUUGCUGGAAGGCCUCAUGGCAAGUCGGUAUCACAGUGGUGUCUUGUACAUACAGUUCUCGGAUUCCUCUCAAUACGUGUUCACUCUGUGCAAGGUGGCUGGUAUUCCUGAGGGGCAUCAGGUCAUCAACGUCAAAUACACCUCCUCCACAACGUAUGGGACCAAUCUUGUCCAUUUCCUCAAUGAGGAUCUGAAGCGUAUCGGUGUUCACCUUCAGCCGGGGGACUUCCGACCAGAACCAAAGUGUGGUUGUCGCGUGGCUUUGCGGUACAUGAUAAAACUUGAGUAA